AUUGUGAUAGAUUGAGCCUUUAAUAUAAUUUUGUUUGUGCAAUGAAAACUCCAGUCCUUGAAUGCCGCCUUUUCUUCUUCAUAUCCUCCUGCUUGCUGCUCCAAAUGGUGGCAGCCCAAACCCAAUGCUUGAGCCAUCAGAAAAUGUUAUUGUUACAGUUCCGGAGCAGCCUGGAGUUCGACUCAACAGCUUCAACCAAGCUUGCGCGCUGGAACCACAGCACACACGACAACUGUUGUGUUUGGCCUGGGGUGGAAUGUGGCACCUCAGGUCAUGUCAUCAGCUUGAUUCUCGACAAGGAAGCCAUUUCAGAUGGUAUUCACAGUUCAAGUUCUCUAUUCAGUCUUCAAUACCUUGAGAGGCUAAAUUUGGCUUUCAACACCUUCAAUUCCAUUCCAAUUCCAGUUCAGAUCUAUAAUCUUACCAACUUGUCAUAUCUCAAUUUGUCAAAUGCUGGUUUUGGAGGGCAGAUCCCGAAUGGAAUAUCAACACUCACAAGUGGAAAACUCUCCCCAAAGUUGUUAACUUGGAAAGGAAUGACUACUAUUGAUGAAGAUAUUGUGCAGUCGGGAAAGUAUAUCAUGUUUAACCUCCCGGAAAUUGAUGGUCACUACUAUCAGGAUAGAAUAAUGGUAACGUGGAAAGGGAUGGAGAUGGAAAUAGUGAAAAUUCUCAGAGUCUUCACAUCGGUUGAUUUCUCAUGCAAUAAUUUCCAUGGGGUUAUACCAGAUACCAUUGGGAUUGGGGUUCUCACUUCACUUUACGUUCUCAACCUACCACAUAAUGCUCUCACAGGGAAUAUCCCUGAAACAAUUGGAAAUUUGAAAAUGAUCGAAUCCUUGGACCUUUCAGCAAAUCUGCUAGGUGGAGAGAUCCCGACACAGCUAGCAAAACUGACAUUCCUUUCGGUCUUGAAUUUAUCAUUCAACCGACUUUCUGGUAUGAUUCCAACAGGCAAUCAACUUAAUACAUUUGGACCAAAUUCUUACCUAGGCAAUCAAGAAUUGUGUGGUUUUCCUCUCCCAAAAAGUUGCAAAUCACCAACAACUUCCAGUGGCGGCGAAUCUGAGAUAGAAUUGGGUGGUGGCCAAUCUGAGAUCAAAUGGGAAUACGUAACGUCUGCUUUGGGAUUCACUGUGGGUUUAGGCGUCUUCCUGUGGAUGCUUUUCCAUAACAGGAGAUGCUGGGAAGCAUACCAACAACUUGACGAUGUUUUAAUACGACUAUUCGGGCCACGGCAACGAAGAAGAAAAUGUCCAAAGAGCAUAGUUCGCAGGAACUGAAUAUGAUCACUUUAGGUUGUUGCCUGCAGGUAUUAAUGCUAAGCUCUGUGAUUAUGGUGGUGAUAAGUCCCAGUGGUACUCUAGCUUAGUAAGUUUAGUAUAUUUGCUGUUAUUAAUUGGACUAUUUUACUUUUGAAGGUGUUGCAUAUU